AAAGCUCCACUUUCCCCAAUGGUGCUUGUGUGACUUGAAGUCGCGUUCGGGCCCGUAGAAAAUGUUAGUAUAGCUUUAAUAAUAAUAAUAAUAAUUAAAAAAAGGAAACUACUGCACAUUCAUCCUUAACUAUUAGAAUCCAACAGGGCCGUCUUCCUGAACCAGAAGACGCUUGCUCGCUUGGGCACGUAAUCGUGCAUUUUGUAUUUGGCUUCCCUGUCAUGAUGCGGAGGCACGAAAGAGAGACCUCAACAAAUGAGGAUAUCCCCAGACUUCUGUGAAGUCUUUUCAUGAUUUAACGACAAUGAGAGGUCGACCAAGGAAAUCAUGCAAAGGGCAACCAACUAAGACGUCAAGACAAAAAUGGAACCUUAGUGAUAUUCCCUCCCUGGCCACAGAAGAAACGAGUCAUGUGUCAGGCAGUAAUUCCUCCACUGAAAAUCCGUCCACCGCGUGUUCCUUACAAUGUGAAUACACCCCAAAAAAAUGCAGGGGACGCCCAAGAAAAACACCAGAACCCUUAUUGACGUCCACACCUUUGCACAGUUUGUCCACCAGUCGACUGCCCAGUGUUUGCAACAAUGUCUUUGAAGCAGAGGGCGGGAAUGAUAAGACAUCAGAGGUUGCGUCACCACCACCCUAUUCGUUGAGGUCCCAAAGCAGGAAGAGAAGCAUCGGGGCCGCCCAAUCCAGGCAACUUAGAAAGAAAUUACCAAUGACGCAGGGCGCUUUGUCUUCACCGAAACAUCGCUGUUCCAAGAAUUUGAAAAAAGGGACCAUCGCUGCUUCGUCAGUUAAACCCUCACGACCAGGAUUUGAACUAAAGGAAGAUGAGUCUGUGCAGUCGCCUCAUCUGUCCAUCAAGUUAGGUGACUAUGAGGAACUACUGCCUCUUUCAGUCCUGGAAGAUGAGGAAAGUGAUGAUGAAGAGGAGCUGCCAAGCUUCUUGAUGCAGAGAAGGCCAGAGUCUAUCAAAGAGGGAGUGUUUGUGUGGUGCAAAUUUAGACGCUUUCCUACAUGGCCUGCGCUGGUGAGACAUGUACAUCAUAAGGCAAAAAAGGCCAGCAUUAUUUUCAUUGAUGAUCAGAUGGGUCGACAAAAACGAGGGAUUAUUGUGCCUCUGAAAUCACUGAAGCCCUUUGACUGUGAAGGAGCUGAUGAGUUGGCGGCUGAAGCCAAAGAAAAGUAUGCCGCUAUGAUGCAUUGGGUCUUAGAGCUGAUAGCAGACUACAGAAUACGCAUCGGUUAUCCCGUGAGGAGAAACCGCCCGUGGGCCUCCCCAGAGCAACAAACCUUUGCGAGUGAUUUGCUGUUAGAGGAAGAGGACCAGUGUGUGAAUACCAGUAAAGAUUGUGAAGAGCAGAAGCAAGAGGUGGUCAACAAGUGUCCCAAAAGGUUGCUUCCAGACCGGACCCAAGCUGCACACAACCGGGCCAACGAAAGGCUUGUGCACUUUAUCACCAAGCGGCGCAUGGUGGAAGAACGCCUGCUGGCUGUGAUUCGAGGUCAGGCGCAGUCGCGGUGGCGCCGCUAUUUUGAGCGCUCUAACGGGAGCCAUUUUGGAGUGGAGACUUACCUGGAAGAUAAAACGCAGUUGGACAAGAUGUACAGUUACCUGAGCGAGCUCUACGAGAUGGCUGUGCCCACAGCUCCUGGGAAGAUAGUGGCCCAAAACAUGAAGCGCAUUCCAUUUGUUUUGGAUGUGCUUCUUCCUGAGGCUAUCACAUAUGCCAUUGCUGCGAUGGACAGUAUCUCUAUAAAAAAGGCAGAAGAAAAGUACAUAAAAGGACGCUGUUUAAGUAAUAGGGAAAGACAACAAUAUGACUUGAUGAUUGAGCGGUUCAGUAGAGAAAAUCCUAGCAGCUGAACACUGAGUGUAUAUAUAAUGCUUUAAAGUGCCAUAUCUAAGUUCAUACAACAAACAAAGAAAGCAACAAAUUGGAAAAAAAAAACAAUCACAAAGAAUGCUAAAAAAUGCUCCAGCUCUUCUUCAUUCUCAAUAGCAUUUGGUCUUACCAGAUGUACUACAUGUUCGGCUUCCAGAACAUUGGGUUUGAACAAGUUAAAAGUAACUUGUUCAAACCCAAUCAGAUUGGGUGACUCAGCAUUCCAAUGAAUCAUGUUACAUCUUGCAGAUGCGAAUGUCACGUCUAAUUAUUUAAUGAAAUUAUUCAAUACUUUAUAAUUAAUUGCCUGCUUGUACAUUAAACAUUAUUUUGAUAUCACUGCUUUGUGUUACAGCAAUUGCUUCUAACCAUUCCAGUAAAAGCAUUGUACAAAACUCAAAAUAAAAAAACGUUUUAAUUUCA